AUGAAUGAAUGGAAGGACAGAGCGAGGAAGUCUUUGAGGGACGCUGGGAAACCAUACGUGAACCGGAGAGGAGAGCAAAAACGAGGAAAAGAUCCACCGAAAGAGGGCAAGGUGUGCAAGGAGACAUGUCCCAGGCAGUGUUCCAGCCUAACAGAACAAAGAAAACUGCAGCUCUUCACAGAGUUUUAUGCUGUCUCUUAUGAGAGGCAGCAGGCGAUCAUUCUCUCUGGUUUGGAGCAGCGCGUCAUUUUACGUCAUGUUAGGGAGCCGCCACCCGCCCUCGGUUCAGUGCAGAGUUGCAAAAACUCCGGCCUGUCAGGACAUCGAGUCCACAGAUUUCCUGACAAGAAGAAGGACGGGGGAGAUGCAUCUUCAGCCAGUGCUGCGGUGCUUGUGUCUGACCCAGCACAAGAGCCUUUCUCUCCACUGGCCCCUCAAUCAUCUGUGCUUCACUGUGGCUCACAGUGUGACCUCAGACCUUCACAUCGUUCAUCAGCUGUCCAGGCACAACCCAAGAUGGUCAGUGUGGGGACUCAGACAGAAAUGUUUGAGAAACCAACAUCAACUCCACUGCCCAGUCCUGUGCAUAGUGAUGAUGAAUCCUCUGUUUUCAUGGACAAACCUGGUGAUAUGCCAUGGUUCCCAGAGGGGGAAAUGAGAAGUGAUUCAUCUGAUGAGGAACCACAGCAGGAAUCUCACCCUGACCUCAAUGCUGCUGACAAGUUCAUUGUGUGCCAAAGCCAGCUGAUGUCUCUCUUUACCAUUUGCCCAGCCUGUUCUGGGGAAACCCAAGGCAAUGUUGAGAAGCAGGAGGGAACUUUUGUAAAAAAUAAAGCAAGUUGCAUGGCUACCCAGACCAUCCGUAUGUUGAAGCUGUUUGGGCUUCAGAGCAUCAGUGUCAGCACCUUCUUCCGCCAUCAGCGCUUUUACACGAUUCCAACCAUCGUGCAGGCGUGGCAGAAUGAACAGGCAGCGAUCAUCAGAGAUCUGAAAGAGAUGAUGGGGGGACUGAUCCUGUCUGGUGACUGCAGGUCAGAUUCACCUGGCCAUUGUGCAAAAUAUGGCACAUACUCUUUGAUUGAGGACAGGAUUAAUAAGGUUUUAGAUCUUCAACUUGUCCAGAGCUCCGAGGUCCCAAGUAGCACCUGGUGUGAGUUAGAGGGCCUAAAGCGCAGCAUAAACUUUCUGACUCAGCAACAUAUGCAAGUGUCUGCCCUCAUCACAGACAGAAAUCGGCAGGUUGCCAAGUUUGUACGGGAGGAGUUGUGUCCCAAAGGAACAAGCCAUUUCUUUGAUAUUUGGCAUAUUGGCAAAAGCCUAGGGAAAGCAUUGGAUGCUGCUGCAAAGGAGAGGGAGUGUGAAGAUCUGAAGCUGUGGAGGCCAGCUAUUAUUAACCAUCUCUACUGGACUGCAGCUUCCACCCCUAAUGGAGAUGCAGAUGUGAUGGAGGCCAAGUGGAGAAGCAUGGUCAACCAUGUUCAGGACAUCCACGAACAUGGCACUGCUACAUUUCCCUGCUGUGCACAUCCACCUCUGGAGGGUGAAGCAAGGAACAAGGAGUGGCUGGAACCAGGAUCAACUGUAGCAGUUAAACUGGAGAGUGUAGCUACUAGAACAGCGCUGGUAAAGGAUGUUCGGCAGUUGUCCCCACAGCAUCAGACUUUUUCACUGGAGGCAUUUCACUCCCUGAUCCUGCACUUUGCACCGAAGCACACUGGGUUCUCCUUCCUUGGGAUGCACAGCAGACUUCUCUUGGCAGCCCUGCAUUUCAACCACAAUGGCAGCAGAGAGGUAGCUCGAACCAGUGAUGAUGCUGACGCUUCACUUACCACCAUCCUCCCCACCUCCACCAAGACGGUCUUCGCUCCAUCCUUCCCACCACCACCACCAGGUCGGUCCCUUCCAAAACUCCAAGGGGGGGUCGGCUGCGCCCCUGCCUUCAUCUUCAGGCAGGAUAUGCCGAAUCCAUACCCUCGGAUCGCGAGUUACAGACGGGGCCUACGCCAAAGAACUUUUAUUGCAUAUAUGGCUUGCUGGGCUGUUAAUAAAAUGUUAUAUCGUACAGUAUCUUAUCUCCCAAGUCUUUCUGGUAGAACUGUGUAAAUUAUUGUAUUUCAAUAACAAAUUUGCACAAGUUAAUGCAAAAACUGCCUUACAUUCUGUUUACAUGUUUUCAUACGUGUUGUGUGUUGAUUAUUAUAUCUUAAAAAUAAAUAGCAUCUGAAUUUAGGCUAGAAGUCUAGGCUCUGUUGUCAACCUUUUCAUCUUAUAGUAAAGUGCGGCUCCCAUAUAAUUAUACAGCAUAGCAAAUUUUUUUUAAUCCUUGCAAAACGUUUAAUUGUAAUUUAAUUAAUUUAAAGACAAAGAUACAAUAUUUUCAUUAAACCACUGUUUAAAAAAAACAACAACAACAACUAAAAAACAAAAAAAUAAAUUUUAGCUUUCUAAACCGAACCGAGACGUCAAAACCAUGGAAGAACCGUACUGUAAGUUUUGAUAAUCGUUACACCCCUAGUUCCUAAAUAUUAAGUCAGACCACGAGUUGGCAAAUGAAUGUGAAUAUAUUUCUCCCAGCAUAUGCAUCAGCCCUCAUGGAGUCUCUGAGAGAGGAAUACUCUAGGUCACCACAGGCUCUACGAGAACGCAGUGCAGUUUUGUCUUCCUCUACACCUGCUCCCCUUUCCAGAUCCCACCAGAGGAUCAACAAGGAUGAGGCUGUUGGCGUGUAUCUAUCACAGCAUUCACGAUUUAACACGUUAAUUACACCUUAGUAUGAUACCUGAGAUAUUAUUUAAUUGUAUAUAUGAUAAUAAAAAAGUUUUAU